CUAUAUUUUGACCCACUUUUGUCCAAAUUGUAUCCACAUUGUCCACUUACGGACGGCGGAAAUCGAGCGGAAAUCGACCUCCACGUCACCCCACAGCAGAACAUCGAAUAGUCUCGUAACGUCUCAGAACCUCCCGACACCGUAUCCAUGGCAUCUUUCGUAUCCAUGACUGCCGACUGCGGACCGAUCGCGGAGGAACAAGUCAGACACAUGCCAGCCCCCUUCGGUACCGGCACGGGAGGGUACCAGGCACGGGAAGAUGCCCGCGGCAAGCCUGACAAGCAGCGCACUAACGGCAAACGCCACAAAUGCGUGACACACAACGGACAACAAAACCAACGGGCGCGCAUAGUCUACAAAAUAUAAAGACGCGCACAGCAAGAACACACAUACAAAAACACCAACCACCACCACGACGAGUGCACACCGACUCAUGAUGGCAGCAGCAGCAUGUCGGUGCAGUUUACCCUGCAGGGCGCCCGCUCAGGGUCAAGCGCGGGCGCACCUCUGUCAACUGCUGGCGGCGCCAUGGUUGAAGGGGCAACUUUUUCGACCGUUAGGUUUUCAGGGAUAUCAAGCCAGAGUUUCACGUCGUAUACACAAUGAUAUGAGAAUAAUACCCUUUCUCUGUUACGAGUAAGGUCCCUGAAGUGGUGAAUAACCGUUCACCAACGGAGGUAUUUCGCUCUUAUUGAGAUGUGGCGAGGAUGUGCCAAGCGUGGCCGAAGUGGUUCGGCCGUGCUAGAAAGGUGAAAGUGAGAGUGAGCCUUGGUGGGCCCUUUCAUCCUCCGUCUGGUCACAGCAGCAGGCGGAGGUUCUUUCUCUGUAAACAUCUGCAGACCUGUAGAACUGUGUUCGCAGGGUCUCCGAUCUUCACUGGUUGUAUGUGCGUCAGUACCGUUAGGAAGAUACCUAUAUCCAGGUUUCCACAUUGCCCCCCUUUUUGUUCGCCGAAAAUCCAUCUUUAUUGAAAAAUGGUUUUCGGCGCUCAUUCUAAGGUGAAUGAGGGAAUGCCAGUGGAAUUGAAUUAGGUUAUUCCUUAUGGUAUGACACAGCUCGUGAAUAUGAUUGUCUCCCCCUCCUCAUCGCUGCCGUGUUGAGUAAACACGUGUUAUGUUACAACGAGGGGACCCGCACAUACCCGAGAACAUACUUGAUAGGUUGUUCUGGAGUCACUCUGUUUGUGGAGUAACUCGACUUCACCUCAUUUGGUGAUUGCCCCCGUGUCUCCUAUCGUUCACGAGCAGAGAUUGUCUUUUAAGACAUUCAAGUCCCUUGUAUGCCAAGGUUGUGGACUUGUUGCGGUGUUUGGUUCGUUUUGACCAAACCGCGUGGGUAUUAUUGCAAUGUUCUUGCUGGACGAAUAACCUGUUUUCAGGAGGCGUACGGUGUAUAUAAUAGUCAAACUGUUUUCUUUUCACGACUCAUCAUCAAAACUAUUUGGUGGUGACCCCAAACAGCUUCUAGAAAUCAUGUAACUUGACUUUCCUCGCCAGCGAUUGGCCCAAACAACCGCUAGUAUAGCUCGCACUUUUGUGUUUGCUAACCUUUUCGCCGUUUGUUAUGUAUUUGAGAUACAUAUAUCUUAUUCGCCUUUCGUCCUCUUUUGCUUUUCCGCCGAGUAUUUGUGUUUACGCUUUCCUUGCGAUCAGUCGACUUCGUUUGCAACUGUUGUUUGGCGCGUUUACACGUACUCCGUUCUUGGCUGUCGUCCUUGGUGCGUUUCCUUUUGAGGGUGUGCACUUCAGUUGACUUGUUACCAGCCAGAUCGAUGCUCAGACCAUUUUUGGCUCUGUAGGCGGAAAUCAUUUCAUGACAUUGUGGUACCUCGUCUGCUCGGUAUACUAAGUCCGACUCUGGGCCGUAUCCUUGUAACCGCAGGCGAUAUUUGUAGUUGUGUUGGCUUUUUCGGCCCGGACCUGUUUUGUGGCCAACCACUUUGUCAACGACGUAUCUCUCAAUUCUUGGUUGAUUAACGUCGGUUUCUUUCAGCGACGGCAACGGAAUUUGUUUCCCUAAGAAAAAUUUAGCCAGUUUUUCGAACUGUGGUGCUGGAGGUUUCUGCCGUGCACGAUACUGCUUCAAAUGGGCGAGGUGCAAUUCAGUGUCGGAACGAUUGCACUCCACAAUGCAUGCAAUGCUAGCGAUGCACAGUUCUAUGGACCCAAAUAACUGGGCGGAGCUCUUGCCGAUGGUACAACUGGCGUAUAACACAUCGUUCAGUGCAACCAUGCAUGAGACACCGUUUUUCUUGAUGUUCGGUCGUCCAGCACGAUUACCUGUGGAUGUAAUUCUCGGGAUACCACAUGUCGGCACAACAGCCGAUACCGAGAGUUUUUCUCAGCAAACCAGAGACAAUCUACAGGUCGCGUUUGAAUUAGCGCGCCGAAAUCUAACGGAACGUGUUGAGAAACAGGCUGCGAAAAACAAAAAGUUACCGCAGUACCCAGUGUUCAAACCUGGUCAACAAGUGCGAGUAUACAAGCCAUACCAGGACACUGACGGACCAAAUCCGAAACUGUUUUUGCCAUGGAGAGGACCAUUUAUCGUUUGCUCUCAACUAUCACCAGUUGUUUAUCGGGUAAAACGAAGGAACGAUGCGCGGGAAACAUCCGAACACCUCGCCCAUUUGAAGCAGUAUCAUGCACGGCAGAAACCUCCAGCACCACAGUUCGAAAAACUGGCUAAAUUUUUCUUAGGGAAACAAAUUCCGUUGCCGUCGCUGAAAGAAACCGACGUUAAUCAACCAAGAAUUGAGAGAUACGUCGUUGACAAAGUGGUUGGCCACAAAACAGGUCCGGGCCGAAAAAGCCAACACAACUACAAAUAUCGCCUGCGGUUACAAGGAUACGGCCCAGAGUCGGACUUAAUAUACCGAGCAGACGAGGUACCACAAUGUCAUGAAAUGAUUUCCGCCUACAGAGCCAAAAAU